AUGCCACAAAUGAAAAAGAAUGAGAAGCCGUUGGGUAUUGUGCUGAUUGCCAAGGACGAAACGCCGGAAAGGAUCUUGUUCAAGUUUCCAUAUGUUAUCGAUAUUCCACAAGGUAAAUUUUGAUGUUUUUGUUUGUGCUUUUAGGUUUGAAUGAUUGGAGAAGAUGGAUUGAAGAUCUACGGGUGUUAUGGUGUUAUUUUUGACGAGUUUUGUGUGAAAUUGGUUUUGAAAAUGAAAGAUUUUGCCUCAGGGGUAUUUGAAAAGUUUUCUCGAUAUUUUUCGAUUCUUUUCGGCAAAUAAAUUAGUUUUUUGACAAAUUUAACUAUCGAUAACCACGCGUUUUAAUAAAGCACUGAAUUUGCAACGUUUUAUGUUCCUAAAUUUAUGUUUUUAGCUUCAAAACUUGCGCAAACACGUUCGGAAUCGACAGAAUUCUUGACACCACCUGAAAAUCAAGAAAAUGAUGAGCAGGAGAUUGAGAAACAAGUGAAUCUAGGGCUGGAAGUUGCCAAUAAACGGGUCGAAACUCACAAUGAAAAGAGGGAAAAGCACGAAGACAGAAUACCAACGUAAGAUUUGAGAGGAUUUUGUAGGUAUGAGUAGUUGGAAGGGUUGGAAAACCGAAAAGUUUAUAAAAAUUUAAAAAAUUGUAAACAUUUAAAAAAGAUUUAAAAAUGUUUUCUUUUAACAUUGUUUUGAUAUUCCAGGUUCCCAGUAAAGAUGCUAGCAGCUCUACUCCAACCAAAAGAGGAAGUUCGAGGAGUGCCAUUCGAAAUCAAGGUGGAUAAUGUCAGGUACGCGGGUGUUCCAUGGCAAAUCAACAAAGCUGGUCAAUGCAUAUCGAUAAUAUUCGUCCUCCCAGGAACAUGCUCUAAUUACACUGUAGAAUCGUUCCAAUCCUUGAGUCGGAAACUGGUAGUAGCUAUACAUAAUGAACAAGAACGAUGUGGAUACUUGAAGGAACAGAUCCAAGUCAUACAACCUUUAUUGGACAAGGCGGAAAGCUGUGAUGACGAAAGUUACAAUCCUUUCAUUGAUAUUGAGAGUGAGUUUUGGGUUACUUUGAGGAUAACAUUUUUCACGAUUUCAGACGAAAGCAAUCUAGCACGAUGUCUACGAGCCGUCUACGAAGACGUCUGCGACUUUGGAAUCAUGGACAUUUUCGUCAACGACUGUAUUCACGUAGGCUUCUCGAUAGCACCGAUGACUCUGAAUGGCUGGUUAAUCACUCCGAACUCGACAAAGUAUGUGGAUGCUUUGAUGAAUGCUCUACAUCCCUAUCAUACGGUGUUGUUCUUUGAAGAUGGACAGUCCGGACCAGACUCCAAUCCGUGUGUGGUCAAGUUUUUCGAACAUCACGACAUUGAAAAGAGGUAUGUUAUUGAGAGGGUUUUGGGUACUUCAUUGGAAGGAGGGGCGUUUGGGUAUAUCAUAUGGAGGGUUUUGGGUAUGUCACUGGGAGGGUUAUGGGUAAGUCAUUGGGAAGAUGUUGGAUAACUGUGGAUGGUUCAAUGAAUUGAAAUACACCAUCUUUUUAGCAUCGAAGACAUCAGCUUCGCCUCGAACGUCCCUCUAAAACAGAUCAAAGACGUGGUAAGGCAUUACCUCUUAUGGGCCAGAGCUAAAGUCAUCUACCCAAUAUGUUCAAGUAACUUGUACUCAACGGCUCAGAGCGAAGUUAUAACACAAGGAACCCAGAAACUCUUCAAAGAUCAGUUCCCUGAGGUCUCACUGCCAAGGCUUUUGUCCUGCUUUCAUCCACCUUGCACUCUAGCUGACUUCAUGGAGGAGGUAGGGGAAUAUUGGGGAGGUUUUUGGAGCGAGGGUGGUGAAUAUAGGAGAGUGUUUCGUAUUGAAGAUGGUUAAAAUUGGGGUGGGUUUCAGAUUGAGGCUGAUGAAUGUUAGAAGGGCUUGAAAUUGUGGCCAAUAUGAGUAAGGCAGGGUCGAUCUGUAAAGGGCCGGGCUCUAAUUUUUCGGCCUAUCCGACAGCCGGCCGGGCCUAGUGGGCCUUCUUUCAGGUCAGGGUUUUUGGGUAAGGCAUGGUUUUUCAGAAAAAAAAUGUUCAAAAAGUUGAGCUUGGUCCCCCAUGUGGAUUUUUUUGAAAAAAUAAAAAUUUUUUGGAAAAUUAAUUCUAAAAAAUGUAAUUUCAGGCUUCCCUCUACACUAACAUUACAAUCCGAAAGCAGAUGCUGGUGUUCCUCCUCCGCAACAACUUCCUAAUCCAACUCCACACCUACCUCUUCAUGAUGCCACCCUCUUCCCUCUCACAACGCUUCAAGACUCCGGUAACGGAAACCGAAGCCGCUCUCCUGUCGAAUCGUGUGAAAACCCAGUUGAGACAAAUCAAAGACCCCCUGUAUCGAGAGGCAUUAACCCGCAUAUCGGCGGACGCCCAACGCGUCGGCCUAGCCGAAUCCGAUUACUUCUUGUUGCUUAGCACAUUCUUGUCGUAGGUUUUUGACAUUUUGAAUGUUUUAGGGGGAUUUUAAGUAUGGUUAGUCAUAUUUUAGGGUUUCCAAAAUGGUGGUUUAAGCAGAAACAUGUUCUUUUCAUGUUUUCGUGGUGGGACCUACAGAGUAGGUGUAAAAGUGGUUACUGUGCUGUUAGUAUUGAGUUGUAGAGCAAUAAGUGUGAAAAAAGUUGUAAAAAUGGCCAAUAGUUGGUUUUGAAAUAAGCUUUUAUACUGUCAGUAUACAUAUUUUGGGUCCCAUCACGAAAACAUAAAAAGUAGGAUUUUUGAUUGGAAAUGCAAUUUUUUGUAAAAAAACGAUUAAGCAUAUUAAAACUACUUGAAUAUUAGCAUAUUUUAUAGUAAAUUUGCUUUUUUUCAAAAAAUUUCAAUUCUUGAAUUUUUUAAGUUUUGAAAAUUUUGCCAUUUUCAGCCUCCAACCCUUCUUCAACGGCGAAUUCCAUGUGGAAGCGAUCAUGCACUACAAGCGGCUCGAUCGGACCACAUUAAUCCGCAUUUUUGACAUGUUUCGCGACGUGUUGGCCCCAUUCAUGGGCAUGGAUUUGGCCGUCGCUGAAGACUGA